AGAGAAAAAUAAAAGGUCAAUCGCCAUUCCGCGGCAAUUGAUUUCUUUCUUCGUUCGAGGUCGAGGUCGACUUUGGAAUUGGAAUCAAAUGCUUCGAAGCUUCCAUCCAUUGAUCUGAUCUGCUUCUUCUUCGUUGGUGAAGACUUCGUGAAAAUCGAAAUUGCAGAGUUUGCUCGAUCCAUUGAUCAAAGCAAUCUUCAUUCGACUUUUUCUUGUCAAAUUCAGGCUUCGGCCGAAGAAUAUUAAUCAAUAAUGCUUCAUAAGAGUUUCAAGUCGGGAAAAUGCAAGACAUCUUUGAAGCUUGCGGCAGCUCGUAUCAAGCUCCUGAAGAACAAGAGAGAGGUACAGGUGAAGCAGUUAAGGAGAGAAUUGGCGCAGCUUCUUGAGUCUGGACAGGAGAAGACUGCGAGAAUUCGGGUUGAACAUGUGGUGAGAGAGGAAAAGACUAUGGCAGCAUAUGAUCUUCUUGAAAUAUACUGUGAACUUAUUGUGGCACGCCUGCCAAUUAUCGAGUCCCAGAAAAGCUGCCCCAUAGACUUGAAGGAAGCGAUAGCUAGUGUGGUAUUUGCAGCCCCAAGGUGCGCAGACAUACCUGAACUGCUGGAUGUCCGCAAACAUUUCACGGCGAAAUAUGGGAAAGAAUUUGUUACUUCAGCUCUUGAGCUGCGUCCAGAAUGUGGUGUGGGCCGCAUGAUGAUUGAGAAGUUGUCUGCAAAAGCACCUGAUGGUGAGACAAAAAUGAAGAUCUUGUCUACAAUUGCUCAAGAACAUAAUAUCAAUUGGGAUCCUGCAUCAUUGGUAGAUAAUGAUUCAAAACCUACUGAUUUUCUGAAUGGACCGAGUACCUUUGAGGAUGCUAGUAAGACGACUGUGAAACCUCCUGAUGUCCGAUUCCCACCUGACCCUGGCUACAAGUACGAAUCAUCUACAAACCUGCCUGACCACAAUGUAAGCAUUCCACCACUGGGUUCCCAGGUUUCUGCUUCUACGGAAACCAGUACUUCCACAAGAAUGCCUGCUACUUAUAGUCCUGAGCCAAGAGCAUCAGAAAGUAGAACUGAGCGGCAGGAAUAUGGACGCCCAUUGUCAAGGAAUGAGGAUGUCUUUCCCCGGAACGGGCAGAACUGGAAUAUGGAGUUCACGGAUGCAACCUCUGCUGCACAGGCAGCUGCAGAAUCAGCAGAGCGAGCUAGUAUGGCUGCCAGGGCUGCUGCAGACCUCUCAAGCCGUGGUAAUAUUAUGAGGCAAUAUUCUACAGAAUCAAAUAAAUCGUCUGUUUAUGGAUUUAGAAAUGAAGGGUCUAGAACAAGUGGCUCAAAGUCACAAGAACCUUUUACAAAGGAUUCAGCGGAGGUGGUGUGGGGUGCACCAGGAAGUUCUAGUGAGAUUGGAAAUCUAAGAAUGCAGAAUCAAUCUAGAGAUAGAGAAGAGACAUUGCCUGGAGUUUCUGAAAACAAAUUUGGUGGUGAAGCUAGUGUUAAGAGAAGACCUAGCAAGUCUAUUUCUUCAGAGUCUGGUAUAACUUCCCUUGACAAUGAAACACCAGUGGUUAGCUCCCAAAAGGCAGACAGAUACUAUGAGAAAAGGUCAUCCACUGCAGAGUCAAUCAGCCCCAGUUGGCAGGGUGGAUAUCCUGAGAAGGCUGAUUAUGUUGAUGAAGAAAGUCCGAAAAGACGAUCUAGCCAAUCUGAGUUAGAUUCUUUUUACCAGCAGCCACAGAACGAAAGAAGUGAGUACGCUGACAAUUAUGGAGAUGGAAGAACCAGAAAGCAGUCAAGCAGAUCUUCUUCAUCUCACACAAGUGCUGAUGGUGAUCACAUUGAUGUCAUAUCUAAUGCGAACCUAGAAGAAUAUUGGAAUGUUGUUGAUGAUAACUCUCUCUUCACCAAUGACCGAGGAAAUGUGCAAGUAGGCACUGAGCAAUCGGUAGUUUUUGAUGAAUUUGGUUCAGAUGAUGACUAUAAUAAUGAUUCAGGGGCGAAGUAUAAUGGGCAUGGAUCCAGCUUUUUUUUCCCUUCACCGGGUAGGGAAUCGCCUCAACAUCUCUCAACAGUUGGAAAUACAUGGAACCCUAUAGAAAACAGAGGCGAGAACCUGGAAAAGAAGCCUAGAGCAGAAGAACAUUUUUUCACAGAUCUGGAACCCCCUUUCAAGUCUUCUGAUUCUGAACAGCAGAUAAAAUCUGGAGUUCCUUCUCAGUCAGAUGACCUCGCACCUGCUACAUUUGACGAUUCGGAAGGCCUGAGUUCUGAGAGUGAAGUUGAUGAUUUACACACUGGUGGAAAAACAGGAUCUGGUAGUGGGCUUCAUAAUAGCAUCCCUAGAAGCCCAUCACCACCCAAGAAUGAUAGGAGUCAUUCACCACCAGCAUCCUCUAUUAAAAAUGAAGUCACAAGAACGAACAGAAAGGUUAUUUUGCCAUCCUCUUCUGAUGAUUUAGACUUCGAAGAAGCACAACUUGGUAGAAAUCAAGAUGUAAAACUGAAUGCUGUUGGUGACUCUUCAGAAGAAUAUGGUUUCACUGACAUGUCCAGUCGUCAGUCAUCUCCGGGACAUAGAAGGUCUGUGAAGAGGUCGGAUGAUUCAGCACAAGAGCCUUUGCACAGACCAGUAACUGAAGAGCAGCCAUUGCGGACUUCAAAAUUUUCAUCUGCCAAAGUUGAGGAAAAUCCCAGCGCACUAGAAUCAAAUGAUAUUAUGAACUCUGAAAGUGAGCUGGGAUUGAACUUAAGAAAAUUGACAGGUGGUCUCCGCAACAAGGGUUUCCAACACCCUCCUUAUACAAGAGCUCCUUUAGGUGACACUUCACUUCUCUCACAAAAUCAAUCAACAGUAGAUACCCCAACUAAAAUUGAGCAACCAAGUGUUACCCCGAAGAUGAAGACUCCACUUGUUUCUGGAAUCCGCAAUCAGAAGCCAUACAAUCAGAAGGUGCAUAUAAAAGCUCAUAAGGAAUCAAGCUCAGUAGCCUCAAAAACCAUCCUUGACUCAGACAGUGAUGAUGCCCAUGAAGCAUCUCCACUCCAAACUGUUGGUAGUAGGAGUUAUAUGGCUGGUAGGCGUGAUGAUGGCCAUGAUGAAUCCCCACGCCAAACUGUUGGUAGGAGGAGUUAUAUGGAUGGUAGGCGUGAUGAUGCCCGUGAAGAAUCUCCACGCCACACUGUUGGUCGGAGGAGUUAUAUGGAUAGUAGGCAUGAUGUUGCCCAAGAAUCUCCAUGCCAUACUGUUGGUAGGAGAAGUUAUAUGGAUGCUAGGCUUUCUCGAAGGACAAAGGAUUUUCCUAAACAGUCUGAAACAGUUUCGUCGGAGGUGGCAGUCACGACUGAUGCUGGCAUGGUAAAGAAUAACUCUAGGAGCUCCCCUGCAGCUGAACAUCGUCGGAAGCCUCAAUCUGAGCUGAUGAGAUCAGGAAGUGCAGAGGAUUCUAAGUUGGCAGCACCUAAUGCCCCUGUCCAACAAAAGCCUUCUAAGCCUAUAGCAGAGUCCAAAUCUGCAGUACAUCAGGAAAGUUCAAAGUUCUCUCCUCCCAGUUCAGCAGUGGAUCAGUCAUCUAAUGUUUCCAAUGCCCUGCCACAGACUGCAUCUUCAGGAAGCAGUGGAAGUCCAAAUACAUCAAGUAUGAAAUCAACAUCCAGAGAGAACUCAUUGAAGAAAGAAGGCCAUGUCCACCCAAAGCUCCCUGACUAUGACACCUUGGCUGCUCACUUUCAUUCUCUUCGGUCAAACCGCCGAGCAUAGAUCUUAGGUAUGUAUCGCUAUUCAACAUUCAAAGUGGUUGUCAAUGCUCUGAAGAAUCAAAUGCCAAAACUGUCAUUGUUUGCUUUAGAAGUAUAUUGACUCAGAUCAAGCAACUGCUGUAGGGGUUUACACUGGAGAUUUCUUAGUUCAUAAAUUGGAGAAUAAACAGUGUUUGACUCUAGUGAGUUUCUUGAGUUCCUAAAUGGGAGAAGAGACGUGAACCUACCUCCAUUAUUGUUGAGGUCGUGAAGAAUAGUUUUCUUUGACCAGGACAGGAAUGGAGCGGGUUUGGUUUGCAUUCGAUGUCGGUGUCUGUUAAGGUUUGGUGGAUAUUUAAUACCAUUCAAAAUUCACAAUCACAAAGGUAAAUUUUGG